AUGUCCGGUCGACCAACCGUGAAUGCUUCCGACCCUGUGUUGGACGCAAUUGCGGUCAUCGGAAUCGGAUGUCGCUUUUCUGGAGGAGCUAGCUCCGUGGAAGAUUUCUGGCAGAUGCUAUGCGAGGGACGUACUGGACAUGGAAAGAUCCCUCCAGCCGAUAUGAGUCUUCAGCGUGGCAUCAUCCAAGCCAUGAUCAUCAAUCAUGAUAGUGGGUUCUUCCUAAAAGAGGACCCGUCGCGUUUCGAUGCACCUUUCUUCUCCAUCACCGCCAAGGAGGCGGCUGGCAUGGACCCAGCACAGAGAUUGUUACUUGAAGUUGCUUACGAAACCUUCGAAAAUGGUGAGUUCGGAAGUAUCACGUACAUUUGCAAAACAUUUUCCAAUGUUGGCAUGGCUGAGUCUAGCAUUGCAGGCGGAAUUCCGAUCGACACCUUACCAGGGAGUAACACAGCUGUAUACUCUGGAUCCAUGACCAAUGAUUAUGAGCUACUUUCAACGAGAGAUAUCUAUGACAUGCCACAUAACGCUGCCACUGGAAAUGGAAGGACCAUGCUGGCAAACCGUCUAUCAUGGUUCUUUGAUCUUCAAGGCCCGAGUAUAAUGAUGGACACAGCGUGCUCUUCCAGUCUCACUGCGGUCCAUUUGGCUGCUCAAGCACUACGAUCUGGCGACUGUGGAAUGGCCUUGGUUACCGGUGCCAGUCUCAUUCUCCACCCCAACUUCACACAGAGACUUUCUUAUAUGCACAUGAUGAGCCCAGACGGCAUGAGUCACUCAUUUGACGAGUCUGCUAACGGCUAUGGGCGAGGAGAAGGAAUAGGUGCUGUGCUGCUGAAGCCUGUUUCUGCCGCCCUGGCUGAUGGAGAUCAUAUUCGGGCUAUUAUUCGUGGCACCGGAAUCAACCAAGAUGGAAGAACCCCUGGCAUUACCUUACCGAGCCCAACGUCUCAAGCCAAUCUGAUUCGAUCAACCUACGAGCGGCAUGGCCUUUCCAUGAGAGACACGGCUUACUUUGAAGCGCAUGGGACCGGCACUCCCGUCGGAGAUCCAACAGAACUGUCAGCCGUGGGUUUGACUUUAGGUCAAGCCCGAACACCGACCGAUGAGCCAAUAUAUGUAGGCUCUGUGAAAACAAACCUCGGUCACACCGAAGGAGCCGCAGGAGUGGCUAGUUUGAUCAAAGUAGUCCUCUGUCUAGAGAAAGGUAUGCUGGUACCAAAUGCCGGAUUCAAGAACAUCAACCCCAAGAUCCGCCUUGAUGAUUGGAGGAUCCGUCUCAGCAACGAAACGAUACUCUGGCCAGAUCAUCUUCCACAAAGGGCUAGUAUCAACUCUUUUGGAUUUGGUGGAUCAAACGCCCACAUCAUUAUUGAGAGCACCAAGAACGCUUUCAAGAUAUACGAGGAGGAGGAAGAAGCACCUUCCCAUGUGGUGGUGUUCUCAACUUUUGACCGACCUGGAAUCGAGCGCCUUGGUCCAAGCUGGAGUGACUACGUCAAACGUCAACAGGCCCUUGAGCGUGAUAUUCCAUUGAAAGAUCUUGCACACACAAUGCUGGCGCGCCGGUCGCACUUGGGCUUCCGCAGCUUUGCGGUUGCCAACUCGCUAGACCAACUACGCAGUACCUUGGAGAAAGGACUCCCCAAGUUCACCCGUGCAAUUCGCAAAGCCCAGACGAGACUGGCGUUUAUUUUCACAGGCCAGGGUGGUCAGUGGGCUGGCAUGGGCAAGGAACUUCUCAAAAUCCCUACUUUCAAGGAAAGUAUGACUCGGUCGCAAGAGAUUCUUUCGUCUUUGGGGUGCCCUUUCGAUAUAAUCCAAGAGCUCCGAGUAAAUGCAAAGAGCAGCCAGAUCAACCGGCCCGAUCGCAGUCAGCCUAUAACCUGUGCACUGCAAAUUGCUCUUGUUGAUCUCUUGGCAAGCUGGUCCAUUUCCCCCAAUGCGGUCGCUGGUCAUUCUAGUGGUGAAAUUGCCGCCGCAUAUGCUGCUGGGUAUCUCUCACAAGCGGACGCUCUGCGAGUGUCAUGGGUCCGUGGCUUUUACUCUCAGAAGAUCUCCGAAAGUGACAAAAGGGGAGGAAUGCUGGCCACAGGUAUCUCAUCCGUGGAGGCACAGAAGUACCUCGAUGAACUUCCCCCUCGUUCGGUGGUUGUUGCAUGUGUGAACAGUCCCUCGAGUACAACUCUUUCGGGUAAUGCCGAUUUGAUCGACCAACUUGAGAAGAAGCUUCAGCAGGAUGGUCAUUUCGCCCGGAAGCUUCGCAUUGACACAGCUUACCACUCUCCACAUAUGGAAGACUUGGUUGAAGUUGUAGGCAACGCCAUCGCAAGCAUAAAGCCGGAGGAUAGAUUCAAUGAGUCAAUCCCCAUGCUGUCCUCUGUCACGAAGAAGCGUGUUCAUUCUGCAGAUGUAGGUGGACCAUACUGGGUGCGCAACAUGGUUAGUCCCGUCGAAUUUACUGCCGCCGUUACUGAGAUCGCAAACUUGAGCGAGUCUAGCAAGACUCGCCGACGCCCAGUCCCAAUCAAAUGGACUACUUUGCUCGAGAUCGGUCCACAUUCUGUUCUGAAGGGCCCAGUCACGCAAAUCCUGCAAAAGGUCAACCCGAGCAUGGCAACACUUCCGUACUAUACUUUGGUUACACGAAAUCAAAAUGCCCUACGAACAUCACUGGAUGUCGCUGGGUCUCUUUGGUGUACCGGUCAUGCUAUUGAUCUUGCUGCGGUUAACGAUUGUGUGGAUCCUUCAGCCUCCAAGAUGGUCGUGGAUCUGCCUUCCUAUCCAUGGAAUCAUCAGAAAUCAUUCUGGCAUGAACCUCUGGAAACAACGCAGUUGAGACAACGCAAGCACCCCCGUCACGACAUCCUUGGAUCUCCUCUGGACUAUCAAAAUGCCCUGGAGCCUCGUUGGAGAAAUUUCCUGCGGCUUUCGGAAAAUCCAUGGAUGGCUGAUCAUGUUGUAGCUGGGACGAUUGUCUUCCCAGCGGCAGGUAUGAUGGUGAUGGCUAUUGAGGCAGCACGUCAGUUGGCCCAAGGCCAGGGUAACAUCAAGGGAAUAGAAUUCCAAGAUCUACACUUCAUGCGAGGAGUGGUUAUUCCUGACGAAGAGCGCGGCCUAGAGACACUCCUGCAAGUUUCAACACAUCCAGGCAUGGCCGGUUGGUACGAGUUCGGAAUUUUCUCGCUUCCAUCAGGUGGUGGCUGGAUCCAGCACGCAAAGGGUGCAUUCAUUCCGCGGUUCGAAAAGCCGGAGGACAACGAGCAUGCUGCAAACUGGGCGACAACCUUGGCCCGAAUCAAAGACACGCAGUUUAUCGCUAAAAAAGGAGAUAUUGAACAGGCAUAUCAAUGGUUGUCUCAAAUUGGAGGACUAACCGUGGGCCCAUGCUUCCAGACUAUCACGGAAGUUUCAUUCUGCCACUCAGAGCCUCGAAUCUGGUUGUCGGGAGUUGUCAUUGAUACCACGCAAGGCAUGCCCUAUGAGCGAGAGACUCCCAGUUUCAUUCACCCGACUACCCUGGAUUGCCUCUUCCAGUCCGCGCUGCUGUCAUGUUCAGAGGCUCUCUCCAGCACCAGCGCCAACAUUCCCAUCGGUGUGGAUCACGCUUACAUCUCGGAUUGUUUCCAACCUCAAACAGGCGAGAAAUUCAUCGUCCACACAGAGACGCAGUGGCGGGAUGGCAAAUCUCAAUCCCGAUGCAUUGCGUCAGAUCUCUCGCUAUCACAGCCAUGGAUUACUUUUGAAGGUGUUCACCUCGGUCGCCUGCCGUUCAACCCGAACUCGCAAAAGCAAGAAGAAGAUAUGGGCCCCCAGAGUCGGUACUCCUCUAUUGUCUGGGAUGAACACUUGGAAUCGCCCAUAAUCACUAGCAGAGUCUGUUCAGACGGAACGAACGGCAGUGCCGUGGAAAUCAGUGAGCUGUUGUUGACCGAUUGGGUGGAGCGUCUCUGCCACACCAACGGAGAUGGGAAUGCGUUGAUUGCUACUUCUGACGCAUCAAAUGAUUGGAUUCAGAGUCUUGCAAAAUAUUGUCCAAGUAGUGGAACGCGGCCCUACUUGAGCAAGGUCACAACUGCCUUAUGUGGCUCGACAAGUGACAAACAAGCCGGAAAUGAUAUUUUGGGAUCCCACAUCGUCCCAGUCACAACAAUCGGCGAUCUUCCAUCCGCUUCGCUCUCCGAGGAAUCGUAUGACAUUGUCAUCAUUGAUCAGCUUGAUAUUUGGAAUGGUAAAACGUUACAGUCACUUCUGCACUUCCUAAGCAAAGUUCUGGAUCCCGGAGGUUUUGCCGCGAUGCGCGUCUCUGAAGCGAUUUUGAAUUUCGCAGCCGAGGCUCUAAACGCCUUUGAGGGCCUGGAUGUCCAUAGCCUAACGUCCGACCGCAGAUUCAUCGUGGCACGAAAGAAGCCAGCCUCGUGGACCACAGAUUCAGAGAUCUACGUUCUGAGCAUUGAUGACAAGUCAACCUCCUCAUCCGUGUUCGCGCAUCUUGAGGAGGUGUUUGCCACCCACAAUGUUCGCGUGGUUCCCAUUGGUUUGGACAAAGUAUCGGAGCAAGAGGGAAAGACAGUCAUCUCACUGCUCGACCUGUCGGGGCCUUGGAUAUCUACCUGGACGCAAAAGGAUUUGCAGAGACUGCAGCAGUUGGUUCGAGCCCAGUAUGUGCUGUGGGUCUCACCAUUUUGGAGCCAAGGAGCCGUAGAAAAUGCUGCCCACGGUGCGACAGCCGGUCUUCUGCGAACCCUCCGCAAUGAAUACUUCAACGCUACAAUUCUACACCUACUUGUAGAUAUCGAUGAUCUAAACGACAAAUUUGGUCUCGCCUGUGGAAUUUUGCAGGUCAUGCAACUCACAAUUCAAGAGGGCUCUCGCCGCGCUGAUCUCGAAUAUCGGUUGACAAAGAGUCGGCUCCUAAUCCCCCGUGUUCUUCAGACUGCAACAGUCGAUGAGGCAAUGCACACCCUACUGGAUGGACCUAAGCCUGUCCUUGCCGAUUUGACAGUGGACUCAAGGCCCCUUGAAUUGAAGCUACAAGAUGGCAAGGAUGCAUACUGGGAAGAGAAAAAGGCCUUCACGGAGCUUCAGGCAGACCACGUCGAACUUAAGGUGGAGAUGGCCACUGUCUUUGACACAAAUGGAGAUACAGGAAAGACAUCUGAGUCCGUGGUUCCAAUGUUUGAAAUUUUUGGAAGAGUCAGCCAAGUCGGAUCAGGCGUGCGUGACUUGGCCGUUGGCGACAAAGUGUUGACCCUAACCUCUACCGAAUCGGGACUCUCAACAACCUUGCGUGUUCCUGAGGGUGAUACUAUCAAUAUGCCUGCGCUUUCAGACCCAAUUCAGGCAAUUUCAGCUCCUCUUGCGUAUUUAUAUGCAUACCGAAUUCUGACUGAAGUUGCCCGCCUAAGUGAUGGUGCCUCAGUGCUCUUGGUCGGUACGAUUAGUCAGACUCUUCGAGCCAUGAUUGACUUUGCCCUUAGCAUGGAGAUGCUGGUCAUUGUUGCAACCGAUUGUCAGAAUACCGCCGACGUUCUUUCUUCUCGCUAUCCGAGCUUGAAGGACAGGAUUUUGGGUAUACACAGUGGACUGGAUGCGAGCGUGUCCAGACUUACCAAGGGCUGUGGGGUUGAGGCUACUAUCUCAUUCUUGGGCGGGUAUUCCGGCCGAGUUGCUGCGAAGUGCCUGGUUGGAGGAGGCCAGUACAUCAACCUCUCCAAGGAUAUGAAGCUUAGCGCCCUCCCAGAAAGCUUUAUCGACAGUGGUUGCACCUUCUCAUCUCCACAGCUGCGGCGAAUCUUCUCUGAAAAGCCCGGCAGCCUCCAUACUUCACUUCGGGAGGUGAUGAACUUGAUGCAGCAGCAGCAGCUCCUUCAUCGCGUGGAGGCUUAUCCGUUGUUCCCAGCGUCCGAUAUUCACGGGGCUUUCCAAUGCUGCAAGGAGACCAAUGGUAGAGUCAUUGUUGACCUUCAGGCUCCGGGACAAGUCCCAAUUGUUCUGCCAUUGCCGGAGCUUACAGCACUGCCGUCUGAAAGGACCUACAUCUUGGCUGGUGGACUAGGCACUCUAGGCCUCGCAUUAGCUGACACCUUGGUAGAGUCUGGGGCCCGCCACUUGGUUUUCCUUGGACGGUCGGGCGUCGCUCAAAAACAGCAGAAAAUUACUCUUGAUACGAUUCGGGGUCGUGGAUGCCUUGUAGAUGUUGUCCUCUGCGAUGUCUCCAAAGCAGAAGAUAUGGAACAUCUCUGCUCCGAAAUUAAGAAUAAAAAUUGGAAUGUUGCCGGGGUGAUCCAAUGCACGACCGUCUUGAAGGAUGCAAUGUUUGAGAAUAUGACCUUUGAAGAGUGGUCUCAGUCAACAGACCCCAAGAUUCGAGGAACGUUGAACUUGCACCAGCUAUUCUCUGAACCAGAUGGACUUGCCUUUUUCGUGACUCUGUCUUCCGUUUCAAGUAUCAUGGGCAACAUGGGUCAAGCUAAUUACUGCGCGGGCAACGGCUUUAUGGAUGCGCUCAUGGAGUGGCGCAGAAACCAUGGCCUUGUCGGACAUUCCAUCAACGUUGGUCUUGUCCCAGAUGCCAGUGGAGUGAGCGAUGUUGUCAAGGAUCAAGAGGAGCGCCUUCGCCGGUACAAUAAUUUCAGAGGCACGGAAAUUUCGACGCACGAGCUUCAGACUUUGCUCCGGGUUAUCAUCAGUAGCAAGCUCUCACUUCCCUAUCAGAUCAUUGCUGGUAUGACGGACUCUUUGUCCCGCAAGGAUGCGGCAAGCGCCUGGAUACUGGACCGCAAAUUCGAUCACCGUAUUUCACUUGCUACCAAUAAUAGUGACUCUUCUACGGUUUCCACAGCCACUUUGCUCAAAGAAGCCGAUUCCUCUGAAACAGCGGUUCGGAUUGUCCUUGACGCCCUGAGUGAAUAUUUGGCAACCGCUAUGGCUACAACCGCCGACUCUAUCGACGCUGAUUUGCCUUUGUCAGCCUUGGGUGUGGAUUCACUCAAAGCCACGGAUGUUCAAAACUGGGUCUCGCGAAACUUAGGCGCAGAACUGUCCUCGUUUGAAUUCCUUGGCUCACAACCAACCAAGGCUCUAGCCAAGAAAAUUGCUUCUGCUAGCUCUUUUGUGUCAGUGUCGGGCUAA